UUUGUGCGAUCGCGAACAUGCAAGUGUCUUCGUAACAUUGUUUUCCCACAAAAUGGCGAGACGCGUGUUGGAAGAAGAUUUGAAAAAUAUCGAGUUUGAAACCAGUGAAGAUGUUGAUGUUACGCCAACAUUUGAUCACAUGGGCCUACGAGAAGAUCUUUUAAGAGGAAUAUACGCAUAUGGGUUUGAAAAGCCAUCAGCCAUUCAACAAAGAUCAAUCAAGCCAAUAGUGAAAGGGAGAGAUGUCAUAGCCCAGGCACAGUCAGGAACAGGAAAGACAGCCACGUUUUCCAUCUCCAUCCUACAGUGUCUAGACACACAGAUAAGAGAAACACAAGCACUUGUACUUUCCCCAACCAGAGAAUUAGCAGUUCAAAUCCAGAAGGUUAUCCUUGCCCUUGGAGAUUAUAUGAGUGUGCAGUGCCAUGCCUGCAUUGGGGGUACCAACAUUGGUGAUGACAUCAGAAAGUUGGACUAUGGACAGCAUGUUGUUUCUGGAACACCGGGCAGAGUAUUUGAUAUGAUCAGAAGAAGAAAUCUACGUACCAGAGCCAUCAAAAUGCUGGUGUUGGAUGAAGCAGAUGAAAUGUUAAAUAAAGGUUUCAAAGAACAGAUUUAUGAUGUGUACAGAUACCUUCCUCCAGCUACACAAGUUUGUCUCAUCUCUGCUACACUUCCACACGAGAUUUUGGAGAUGACCAACAAAUUCAUGACAGAUCCCAUCAGGAUACUGGUCAAACGUGAUGAGUUGACCUUGGAGGGAAUUAAGCAGUUCUUUGUGGCUGUAGAGAGAGAGGAAUGGAAGUUCGAUACAUUAUGUGAUCUGUACGACACACUGACCAUCACACAAGCUGUCAUAUUCUGCAAUACAAAGAGAAAGGUUGACUGGUUGACAGAGAAAAUGAGAGAGGCCAAUUUCACAGUAUCCUCUAUGCAUGGUGAUAUGGUUCAGAAGGAGAGAGAAGCCAUCAUGAAAGAAUUCCGAUCAGGUGCCAGUCGGGUGUUAAUUACCACUGAUGUGUGGGCCAGAGGUAUUGAUGUACAGCAAGUGUCCCUUGUAAUCAACUAUGACCUCCCAAACAACAGAGAAUUGUACAUACAUAGAAUUGGUCGGUCUGGUAGAUUUGGACGUAAAGGUGUUGCUAUCAAUUUUGUCAAGAAUGAUGAUAUCAGAAUCCUGCGAGACAUUGAACAGUACUACGCCACACAAAUUGAUGAAAUGCCAAUGAAUGGACUGAGGUCUGCAAAGCUUGGAGUGCAGUGUGAAGCAGUGGUCAAAUUUCCACGGUUGUUUGAAAAGUACCCAUUUCCAAUCUUAAUCAAUUCAGCUUUUCUAAAGCUUGCAGAUGUCUUCAGAGUGGCGGAUGUAUUCAAAGAAGGAAAUAAUUUAUUGAGAUGGUGCAUUCUUCGAGUGAUUCAGCAGAGUGAUAAACACCUGGACAAAGUGUUGAAUGUGGAUGAGUUUGUUAGAAGGAUUUACACAGUAAUACAUAGUAAUGACUCCGUUGCUCGAGCACUUACAAUCAGAACGCUGGGCAGUAUUGCGUGUAUCAUAUCAGAAAGAAAGAAUGCUCACCACAGUGUUGUCAAUGGACUGGACUCCCAUGAUGCAGUAGAAGUGGAUGCAGCCAUUUUUGCUGCUGAUAAAUUUUCUGCAAAGUCCAAAGUUUUUGCAGCAAAUAUAUGUAGUAAGAUAGCAGAGAUGAUUGAGGACAUUGCCACACCAGUGCACCUCAAACUUCAGCUGAUACCAAUUAUGAAAAAUAUGUAUCAUGACAGCUCUACUGCUGCCAAGGCAAGAGGCAUCUGUCUUCAUUUGUUAUUCACAUUCCCAGCUGAAAAAUUUGUGACUUUGACCUUGGAGACCUUGACCCAUUUAGCAUUGAGGUCACUAGCGGAUGUACACAGUCAGAUAGAGCUUUUGAUACAUUACCUGAAGACAGAUCCAAGAAAUAGUGUGAAAUUAAUGUCCCUGAGAAGCCUCAACAUGCUGGGAAGAAAAUCUCCUCAGCUUUGGAAGUACAACUCAGUAGAAGAGUUGCUGACCUUUGCUAUUACCUGUCCUUCCUUCCUUCAUAAGUGGGGGAGUAUCCAAGUUCUGGCCACCCUGUCCUCAUCCUUUGCCUUCCAGAUGUUUCUUCACAGAGACAUGACAGUAUCGGACAUUCAGAAAGUAUUGGAAGUUUGUAAUAUCUGCUAUCAGACCCAGAAUGCUGCCCUCUCCAGUAAAGCCAUAGAAUUCUAUACCAAUGUAGCUGUGGCAUAUAAGAAGAGCAAAGCAUGUAUGAUAGAAGUGGAACAGGACUUGAUAGAGGGUGCAAGGCUAGCCAUAACUACACAGAUUUGUAUCUCAGUAUGGAGCGACGAACUGAAAGACAAGCAAGCUUUACAGCUUUGUCUCAAAUGUCUUGUGAAUCUUGUGAAAACCUAUCCUGAUACAGGAGAAAUCUUUGUCAUGGAAUUAACACAACUUCUUGAAUCAGCAUCAGAUGCAAACUCAGUGAAAGUGUGCGAAUGUCUAGCUGCCUUAGGGUCUAUUAACAAUCAGCUGAUUGAAGAAAACCUUGGUCAACUGCUGCAGGUUUUUCAGAGUUUAUCAUCAAAAGCUCCAACAAAACAUCAGCUACAGUGCUGUUUAUAUCUUGGGACUGUCUUCUUCCAAGUAGCUAGAGGAGAUCCCAUCCCUUCAAAUGUUCAGAUUAUGAUACGUCAAUAUGUUUCAAAGGCCGUGGAGGACUGGUUUGGUUACAGACUUGGUAGACAGGGAAUGCGAUAUGGACAGUUUGGUGUGGUGUCAGAGAUAUUUCACAGUUUGUCACAACAUGUUGCUUCAGAACAUAACUACUUUUGGCUGACCAGUUUACAUGGAAUCUGUGCGGCAGAAGCCUGCGUAGACAAAUCCGAAACCAACAUGAAGACUGUGAUGUCACAGAUUGCAGAAAUGCUGGUUUUAUAUCAAAAGGCAUUGGUGUCAUUAAAGGCAUCUUCCACCAGUGUGGGUACCAUGCUGUUCCAGUGUGAGUUUGUCCGCCUGAGGAUUUGGCUCCUACAGACACACCAACAACUGGUACACACCUGCAACACCUUCAGAACCUGUCCCCCACCCGCUAUUGCCACUGCCAUGGCUGUCUCCAGCAGACAUGAAAUAUCUCGGGUUAGCCAGAUACUGAACCAGCUCGGGAAGUGUCUGAAGGAGUAUGAGCAUCUGAGUGAGAAGUUUGCAGAUCUCUACCAGUCAGCUUUUGAUGCAGAUAGUUACACUCUACACACAAUUCUACUAUUGCAGCAGAGUUGUGAAGUUAUCAAAUCCUGCAUUCUUACAUUCAUUCGAAGCAGCCAUGCCAGGUAUUUGCAGUUUGGGGCAUUGGCAACCACUGACAAAGACCCAUUAACUAUCACAAUUCAGGCUAUCCAGCGAGAUCUCAACAGCAUCAUUCAAAAUCACAGCAGUGAAGGACUGACACAUCUGCACGUUGACUUCCUGUGUCAGUCUGUCAGAAAAUUAGUACAGACUCCAUUUACUUAUCCAAGAUUCUUCUUCCAAAUGCUGCAGGCCACCAUUAUUAAGUUGGCAAUUUCCCCCCAGCAACCCUCAUCUCUUGACCCUGUUCAAGUACAUAACGAAACUCAACUAACCGUGAAAGUUGAGGGCAUUGUUCAACAUGGAAGACAUCGGGAUUUGUUCCGCAAAGUUGCCAAAGUCCAAAUAUCUGUCAGUUCUGAACUAGUAAACAAACUUUCCCACUAUACAGAUCAAAAAAGUUCACUGGUAAACAGCAAUGACAUGAGUCAAAGUGUCGAGCCACAUAAUGACUAUUUCUCUGUCAACUUCCUGUUGACCUUCCCUGUCACAGGAUCACACACAGUUCAUAUUCGAGCAGACGUCAUUGAUGAAAAUGAGACUUUAUGGAAGACAGGCCCCACUUCCUCAUUGCUUGUGAAAUCUUAUGAUGACUCCAUCAACAAGAAACAUCAAAGCAAACCUAUCAGAACAUCAUUUGGUCAAAUGCCGUCAAGUGUUGCUACUUCUAGUACUAAUAACCAAUAAAUAUCAGUUAC